AUGUGUUGUGGAGACAUUUAACCAAAGAAUCAACCUAAGGCUGGAAUCAAAACUAAAUCAAAUACUCCUGGGUAAAAGAAGGACAUCAAAGUAGUGAUGCUUGGGGAUAAGGCUGUGGGCAAAAGUUCAAUUGCUUCAAGAUUCUGUUUUGAUAAGUUUCAAUCAGAAUAUGAAAUAACGAUUGGUGGAGUGUACAAUAGCGUGGAUCUGACAGUGAAAGGUCAAAACUUAAAGAUCCAUUUAUGGGACACCGCAGGAGAAGAGAAAUUUAGAUCUCUGCUUUCGUUGUAUUAUAGGGAUGCAAAUGCUGCUAUUAUUGUGUACGACAUCACGCAAAGUGACUCCUUUUAGUCUGUUUCGACUUGGCUUAAAGAAUUGGAAGAUAAAAUCUAAAAAGAUGGAAUGGCUCUGGCUUUGGUAGGCAACAAGUGCGAUUGCUUAGAAUCUGAAAGAAAAGUGCCUAAGGCCAAGGCUACUGAUUUUGCUAAGUAGAAUGGUAUGAUAUUCUAUGAAACAUCUGCCAAAACAGGAGAAGGUGUAAAGAAUUUAUUUUAGCAAUUAAUUGAGACAUAUGUUGCAGAGAAUAUGUGAAUAUUAAUCUUAAAUAUAAUUUGCAUUCCUACUCAUAUAGUUAUAUAA